UAAAGUUUUAUAUAUGAUUAGGGUGUCCGUCAGCUAAUCGCAUGCCGUUGAAGUUUCCAGUGUUGACAGCUCCAUAAAAUAGCCUACUGGAAGCGCUGCAGUUGUGCUGUAUAGCUACUAACAAUAUGUAAAGUAGCCUAACACACAAAUAAUAUUUUACGUUACUUCCGUUUUUGAACAAAGAAAGCCUAACUGAUGUCAUAAAUACACAAGCCUGAUUUUUUGUUUUAACGCUGGCUGAAUUUUAAAAUACUCCGUCACGUCAUUUUUACGGCAUAAUUUGAAACUGCAUAGUGUUAGCGGUUUGAAGAUUCAAUAAUAUUAGCAAAGUUUAUUAGAAUUUCUUUCUUCGAUUCUUAUUUUGCUCUGGGACCUGAACGAAAAAUAUUAUUGCUAGGAACGUUUCGCUUUUAAUCUAUGUAUUUAACAGCCUACACCACCCACCCCAUCUCGUACUGAGUGGGAGAGCUUCUCAGGUUAGUAGCUUGCUUCACAGACUAAAAUCAUGGUGCCCACUAAGGAGACAGCACCAGAGGUUAGGGAGCACAGUGACCGAGGUGACCAGGCCGGGCCCCCUGAGGGCCCCCCGGCGGCGCCGACGCAGUGUGUGAACCUUUUAUUUUUUACUUUAAACGUCAUAUUCACAUCCGAAGUUAACGAAAUGAGGUUAUAUCUUUAUAAAUAAUAAUAUUAAUAAAAAAGAAAAGAACAAAUAAUUUAAAAAUGUCUUGAAAUAAUUACAUUUUUAGCUUAAAACUUUUCUUCUUCUUUUUUAUGUUAUAGCCUAACAUUAAUGUUAGCAUUACAUUACAUUGGUAUAAAAUUGCGAGACUUUUUUGAAAGGGUUUCUACGGAGAAACCAUGGGAGAAACAGGCUUUUGCGGACGGAUGGUGUAGUUCCAGCAUCUACCAGCAGGGACCAACUUUCUUUCUUCUGAAUUCUUAUCCUUUUGUUUUUGGUCACACGCUCUUUUGUAAAAUCGUAAAAAAGCAAUCGUUAUUAUUAUUUUUUUGUUGUUGUUGUUGAAGCAAAUGGAUACAACAAAUAAUAUUUGCUGUAGCUCCUGUUCAUGCUAUAGAUUUUUUUUUAAUCCAGUGGAUAUGACGAUUUCCGCUACAGAGAACCCGGAUUACCGGAAACGUGUUCAGGUUUAGAGUAACGUAUGCUCUCUUUUUUUUGACAAUAUUAUUUCGUAAUAUUAAGUAACAUAUAUAUUUAUUUUAUUGGGGCACCAUGAUAAUCAGAUGGUGCUUCAUCUGUGUAUUUGCAGUGCUGAUAAACAAAGUGUGUCUGCAGGUCACAGGUUUUAUCGGUGGUUCUGUUGUCCUGCCGUGUUCUUUAACUCAACAUGAUCUUAAACCUCAAGACAUUAAUGUGCUUUGGAGAGACAAAGACAGUGAGACUAUUUAUGAUUUAGUUGAAGGUGAAGAUUCACUAGAGUCACAGGACCCACGGUAUAAGAACAGAGUGCAAACUUUCCCAAAGGAGUAUGUGAGAGGAAACUUCUCCCUCAAACUGAAAAAUCUCACUCAUGCUGAUGCAGGAGAGUUCACCUGCUUCAUCACACACACAUCUUAUUCUAAACAUGAGACUGUACAGCUGCUCAUUAACAAAUCAACUGUAAAACCUGGAAACCAGUCUACUGAAGAAGAAAAGCAUGUACCAGAAACGCAGUCAGGCCAGAUGACAAUAUUAUUAAUCUGUCUUUGCACUCUUUUACCUUUAAUAAUUCUCACGCCUAUAAUAAUGUAUUUCAUAUUUUACUGGAGAAAAAAAUCUCAAGCUGCCUUAUAGAAGAAAAAGUGUCAAACUGAAGGUCCUGUUACACACUGCAAGUGUCAGCAGUAUCUGAACAGCCUGUAUUUUCCGCACCCAAGUUAAAUUAGAAGCGUGAGUGACAUGUCAUGCACAAUCACAUUAUCUUCUGCAGAUUCUCUCUCUUGUUAUACACGUGCUGACAUAAAACAAUGCACUGCUUAUUGUUCUUAUUUUAUAACAGAAUGAGAUCUUGAAACAGUUGAACAACAUCAAUCCUGUCAAUAUGUUGCUGCCUUAACAUUUCUGUACCACAAGUGUGUAUGCCAGAGUAAAUGCAUUUUGUAUCAUUUAUGUAUUUCUUGAUUGUUAAUACUAUUACUGCAUAUCUUUUUCAAAUCUGAAUCAUUAAUUCCUAGUUAUGUACGGUGUGCUCAAAGAUAAAACAUGGUGCUCAGGGUUGAGAUUGUUACACGGCUCUGCAGACUGUUAUAAGAAGAGUGUAAUUAACUUCUUGAUCUGCUGUACUACAGAUGCAGAGAGGAAGCCUCUUUAUUUGGAUGAGGUUACUGAAUCUUCUUAAACUCAACACAUUUCUAGGAGUGGACCAUUUAUACUCUGAUUUUUGUUUUCUUCUUUUGAAAGUUUUAAUAGGAAGUAUUAUGCCUCUCUCCCCUACAGUUACUCAAAGCCUUAUUAUGCCGCCUCCAACCCCAAUAUGUAGUCUUAAUAAUAAUUAUAACAUUUACACCUUUGUUCUUUGCUGGAAACGUUUAAAAUAUUACUCUUCAACAUUGUCACUUUGUCAGAUUUGAUUUCAGGUGAGACUUUUCUUUUGUCUUUUUUAGACAUUUCUAAAGUAUUUAAUUCUUUUGAGUACCUUUAUUUAUUUAUUUUAAAUCCCAGUGAAAGAUAAAGUCACUUAUCUGGAUACUGUCAUUUCUAAGAAUAUGAGGAGUAAAUGUUUUGACAACUUUGCUUGUUAUAUGAAAAGAACUGCUUUCUAAACCUGAGAGACUCUUUCCUAUUUCUUUUCAUCUUGAUGUUCAGACUUUCAAAUCUAUCGGCCAAUGUUUUAUGUUGUGUUUUAUUGAAAGAGAAGACGCAUUACAAAAUCUGUAGUU